ACUGGAUUCCCCAACAAAACUCCAUUCAAGCUAUGCACAAGGAAGACUAAUUUUAUGAUAGCAACCAAUUUUGGCCCGUACAAAACUGAAUAACACAGGACUCUUUUCCUGUCUUUAGAUUCUAAACUGGCGAUCGGAAGAAAGUUGCGGUUUAAUUUGUUGCGGUCUUUAGAUUUUCGAGGUCCUUUUAUUUUUUGUUUUAAUCUUCUUGGUGUAAGUUGAGAGAAAUCUGAUUUUUGUAUAAAGAUUUGGCAAGGCACAUGCUGCAACUCGUGAGUUUCUUGAAUCAACAAUGUUGUAUCUGUAGCCAAGUGCUGACACCUUUGGUAGCUUGUUAGGGGCAGUAUCUGGCAAUCUGCGGCUUAGUAGGUGCUGUUUUAUAAGGGGAAUCAAAAGGCAGUGCCCAAAAGCUUAUCAUUCUCAUUGUGUUGAGAAGAAUGAAUCUUUUAUGACAAGCGAAGAAUGCUGGAAUUGCAGUUGGCAUUCUUGCUUCAUGUGUGGGAGAAAAGCUCAUUUUCAUUGCUACUGUUGUCCAAAUGCUGUCUGUCGCUUCUGCAUUAGUGCUGCCGAGUUUUGCCGUGUUAGAGGGAUGAAUGGCUUCUGCAAUAGUUGUUUAAAGCUUGCAAUACUGAUAGAAGAAAACAUGGAUGUUGACUCUGACGGGGAGAAAGUGGACUUUAAAGAUCGGGAAACUUAUGAAGGUCUUUUUAUGGAAUAUUACAAGAUUGUUCAGGAAAAAGAAAGAUUUAAGAUAGAUGAUAUCCGUGCUGCUACAGACAGAAAAAAAACGGGAAACUCUGAUUCAGAUGAAUUUGGCAAUGAUAAAGUAGCGUCUGAAUAUGAAAAAGAAGAAGACCUUAAACAACAUCUUAGCAAGAAGGCAUUCAAGGGGAAGCUAUCCUGGAAACACAAGAAUGCUAGAUCGAAAAUUAUGCAGUUCACUGGUUGGGGAUCAACUUCUCUCAUUCAGUUUCUGCAAUCAAUUGGUAAAGACACCACUGAAAAACUAUCUGAACGUACUGUGGAGGCAAUAAUUCAUAGAUAUAUUGCAGAGCAUAAGCUCUUUCAUCCAGAGAAGAAGAGAAAGAUAAUAUGCGAUGAGAACUUGCGAAGUAUUUUUGGUCGGAAAUUUGUUAACAAGAAUAGAAUUUAUGAGUUGUUGGAAGCUCAUUAUUCUGAUAAUCUGGAGGAUUCAGAAGAGGAUGAAUGGGAGGAAGAGGAGAUGUAUUUUGCAGUAUACAAGGAUAAAGAUGCCUCUGUGGCUUGUGGAACAAGAAGAGAGUUAAAAAAGAAGAGAGAGUCCCAAAAACAUGAUACAGAAUUAGAAAAGGAGAAAGAGUCUGAAAAACAUGGUACACUACUCACCGCACCACAAAGUCAUUUUGCAUCUAUUACAGCUGAAAAUAUUAAGCUUGUAUACUUGAGGAAGAGCUUGGUAAUAGAACUACUAAAACAACCCGAGUCAUUCAAAGAUAAGGUGACAGGAAGCAUUAUACGGGUCAAGUCCGAUCCAGAUGAUUAUCGCUGGACAAAAAAUUCUCAUCAGCUUGUGCAAGUUACAGGAAUAAAGGAAACUCCAACUGGAGAAAACAAUAACGACAUGAUUCUUUGCGGGUCAAAUAUGCCACUAGGGAUUCAUAUCAGUAUGCUAUCAGAUGGUGACUUCUCACAGGAAGAAUGUAAUGAUUUGAGGCAAAAAGUGAAAGAUGGCCUCGUUCAGAAGCUUAGUGUAGUGGAGCUUCAAGAGAAGGCCAGAAGUCUGCAUGAGGAUAUAACAAACCAUGAAAUUUCUAGAGAGCUGAAGAUCCUGGAUGGACGCAUCAUUCAAGCAAUUGAGAAAGGACGGAGACAAGAAUUAUUCGAGCACAUGGAAAGAAGGAACCAGUUGCAAACACCGUCAGAACGGUUACGCUUACUAGAAUAUCAUCAUGCUGUGAUUCCUGAGGAGCUUGAACCUGUUAUAGAAGAAAUUGGGCAUGAUCAAAAAGGGGAUGAAAUGUCACAUGAAUCAAAAUUUUCAAUAAAUCUCAAUUGGAAGUGGGGAGGCAAUUGUACAUCAAGAGAAAACAAAUUUCAUGGUCCUCUUUCAUGUCAAUAUGAAAAGCAGAAUCUUCCUGAAGUAUCUCUCAGUGUAUCACCUAAUCAAUCCGCCUCAAAAGAAGAAGACAACAAAAUGAUGGCAUCAGCACUCGAAGUAUCCCCAGAGCCGUCGCUUGCUUGUGAAGAUCAAUGUAACAUGAUGCUCCAAACAGAUGCUGAGUUAUGUAGUUCUUCUGUAGAAGUCACGAAGCAGAAUCUUCCGGAAGAAAAUAACAAAGCAUUUGAAGUAUCCCCAGGGCUGUCACUUGCUUCUGAAGAUCAAUGUAAUGGGAUGCUCCAAACAGAUGCUGAGUUAUGUAUUUCGACUGUAGAAGUCACGAAGCAGAAUCUUCCUGAAGUAUCUCUCAGCAUAUCACCUAAUCAGUCUGCCCCGAAAGAAGAAAAUAACAAAGCACUUGAAGUAUCCCCAGAGCCAUCGCUUGCUUCCGAAGAUCAAUGUAAUGUGGUGCUCCAAACAGAUGCUGAGUUAUGCAGUUCUCCUGUGGAAGUCGCGAUGCAGAAUCUUCCUCGCGCAUCUCUCAGCAUAUCACCUCGGCAGCCUGCCUCAAAAGAAAAAAAUAACAAAACAGUAGCAUCAGCACUUGAAGUAUCCCCAAGGCCGUCGCAUACUUGUGAAGAUGGACAGAAUGCGAUGCUUCAAGUUGAAACAGAUGCUGAGUUAGAUGGUUCUGCUGUAGAAGUCACGAAGCAGAAUCAAGGGAUGGAUGCUGAAGGAGCCACAUCCAAGAAGACUGUCAUUGUGCUGAGUAGUGAUGAUGAAAGUACUUGGAGUUAUGAACCAAGAAGGCAGCAUCUCGAGGACCCAUAUAGCAGAGAAUGGCUUAUUUUAGGUCCAAAUGGUGAAAGGAACGAGGAAAAGUAUUCACUUUCAUUGCUAAAGCGUUGGAGCGAUGCAAGUUCUUAUGCAUUGAAGUACAAGGCUUGGAAAGAAAAUGGAAGUGAAGAACUUGCCAUCCCGUUGGCUGAUGCUAUUAAGAAAGCGUUUAUGAGUUGAUACAAGUUUGGUGAGCUUAGAUGCCAAGAACUUUCUUCUGUCCUAGUUUUGAAAUACAGAAAUCCCUUGUAUCUAAAUUCAAAUCUCUUUCUUCUACAUAUAAAGCAUGAGACAUGG